AGUAUUCGGAGCAUGCGAACUGGUAGCGGACAAAUACGAUUGGUGCAGAUGGUGAUAGUAGUGAACGCGCGGCAGCACACAAGAAGGAACACACUGCGGACAUACACCAAAGCAGCACUUUCAGACCUACCGUCUUGCAUUAACUUACUACGCAUGUCUUAAGUUAUUGCUCCGUUAAGAAUGAAAUAGUUUUGAUGGUGGUAGCUAUGAAUUAUCCGUAUUUCAUUGUGGUGCCUGGAACGUUGUAACCGGCGAGUUUGAGGGGGUAAGGCAUUGCUCUAGUAACAAGUGGCGAGGAGGGCUAACGCAGUCAUUACACUAGCCAGUUUUUUUUUUUUUUUUUUUACUACAUGUGAGGUUAUUAAGUUAGAUACAGACGUUUUUGGGAUAACAUACAUUUCGAGAUUGUUCCGGAUUUUCGACAGCGUGAGUUGGGGGAAGACGUAAACGAAGUGAACAAUCAGUGGGGUUCUUGAGGUUUCUUCAAUUAACUAUCUAGAUAGCUGUCUAGCUAACGUAAGCAGCUAAGUUAGCUAGUGUUUAUUCGAGCGGCUACUCACCAUGGCGAACGCUCACACAAAGACGGUGGAGGAAGUUUACAGUCAUUUCAACGUGAACGAAAGCACAGGUCUAGGUGUAGACCAAGUGAAGAGGCAGCGGGAAAAAUGGGGACCUAAUGAAUUGCCUGCUGAGGAGGGAAAAUCUUUAUGGGAACUGGUGGUUGAACAGUUUGAAGAUCUGCUUGUGAGGAUUCUUCUUCUUGCGGCCUGCAUAUCCUUUGUGCUAGCCUGGUUCGAGGAGGGAGAGGAGACCAUCACUGCAUUCGUUGAGCCUUUUGUAAUUUUGCUGAUUCUUAUAGCCAAUGCCAUUGUGGGUGUCUGGCAGGAGCGAAAUGCAGAGAACGCCAUUGAAGCACUCAAAGAGUACGAGCCAGAGAUGGGCAAGGUGUACCGGCAGGACAGGAAGAGUGUGCAGAGGAUCAAGUCCAGGGACCUUGUACCAGGGGACAUCGUGGAGGUGGCUGUUGGCGACAAAGUUCCUGCAGAUAUUCGACUGACCUCUAUCAAAUCCACAACCCUGAGGGUGGACCAGUCCAUUCUGACAGGAGAGUCUGUCUCUGUGAUCAAGCACACUGACCCGGUGCCUGAUCCCCGGGCUGUCAACCAGGACAAGAAGAACAUGCUCUUCUGUGGCACCAACAUAGCAGCGGGUAAGGCGGUGGGAGUGGUGGUGGCCACGGGCGUCAACACGGAGAUCGGGAAGAUCCGGGACGAGAUGGCGGCCACAGAGCAGGAGCGCACGCCGCUGCAACAGAAGCUGGAUGAGUUCGGGGAGCAGCUGUCCAAGGUCAUCUCCCUGAUCUGCAUCGCCGUGUGGCUCAUCAACAUUGGCCACUUCAACGACCCCGUCCACGGAGGCUCCUGGAUCCGCGGCGCCGUCUACUACUUCAAGAUCGCUGUGGCCCUGGCCGUGGCCGCCAUCCCAGAGGGGCUGCCUGCUGUCAUCACCACUUGCCUGGCUCUGGGAACCCGCCGCAUGGCCAAGAAGAACGCCAUCGUCCGCAGCCUGCCCUCUGUGGAGACCCUGGGCUGCACCUCGGUCAUCUGCUCGGACAAGACCGGUACCCUCACCACCAACCAGAUGUCUGUCUGCAGGAUGUUCAUUAUUGACCAGGCAGAGGGCAAUAGCUGCUCCCUGAAGGAGUUCACCAUUACUGGCUCCACAUACGCCCCUGAGGGACAAGUGUACCAUGAUGGUAAACCAGUCAAGUCCUCCCAGUAUGAUGGAUUAGUGGAGAUGGCCUCUAUCUGUGCCCUGUGUAACGACUCCUCCCUGGAUUACAAUGAGACCAAAGGUGUGUAUGAGAAGGUGGGCGAGGCCACAGAGACUGCCCUCACCUGUCUGGUGGAGAAGAUGAACGUGUUCGACACCAACCUCAAGGGCAUGUCCAAGAUCGAGAGAGCCAACGCCUGCAACUCUGUGAUCAAGCAGCUGAUGAAUAAGGAGUUCACCCUGGAGUUCUCCAGAGACAGGAAGUCCAUGUCUGUGUACUGCACCCCCAACAAGGCCCGCUCCUCCAUCGGCAAGAUGUUCGUCAAGGGAGCCCCAGAGGGAGUGAUUGACAGGUGCACUCACAUCCGUGUAGGAGGGAAAAAGGUGCCAUUGACCCUGGGCAUCAAGGACAAGGUGUUGUCAGUGAUCAGGGAGUACGGGACGGGGCGUGACACCCUGCGCUGCCUGGCUUUGGCCACAAAGGACAACCCCGUCGCCAAAGAGGACAUGGUGCUGGAAGACUCAAACCGCUUCAUUGAAUAUGAGACGGACCUGACGUUCGUGGGCUGCGUGGGCAUGCUGGACCCCCCCAGGGCUGAGGUGGCUGCCUCCAUCAAGCUGUGCCGCCUGGCUGGCAUCCGCGUCAUCAUGAUCACCGGCGACAACAAAGGCACGGCCGUGGCCAUCUGCCGCCGCAUCGGCAUCUUCAGCGACCACGACGAUGUCUCAUCCAUGGCCUUCACCGGCCGUGAGUUUGACGACCUAUCGCUGGCGGCCCAGCGAGACGCCGUGGUGAAUGCCCGCUGCUUCGCCCGCGUGGAGCCAUCUCACAAGUCCAAGAUUGUGGAGUUCCUGCAGUCCAUGGAUGAGAUCACAGCCAUGACUGGUGAUGGAGUGAAUGACGCCCCUGCUCUGAAGAAGGCAGAGAUCGGCAUCGCCAUGGGUUCAGGCACGGCUGUAGCUAAGUCGGCCUCUGAGAUGGUCCUGGCCGAUGACAACUUCUCUACCAUCGUGGCGGCUGUGGAGGAGGGCAGGGCCAUCUACAACAACAUGAAGCAGUUCAUCCGCUACCUCAUCUCCUCCAACGUGGGAGAGGUCGUCUGCAUCUUCCUGACUGCUGCUCUAGGCUUCCCUGAGGCUCUGAUCCCUGUCCAGUUGCUGUGGGUCAACCUGGUGACGGACGGCCUCCCUGCCACAGCCCUGGGCUUCAACCCCCCCGACCUGGACAUCAUGAACAAGGUCCCCCGCAAUGCCCGAGAGCCCCUCAUCUCUGGAUGGCUCUUUUUCAGAUACCUCGCCAUCGGAUGCUAUGUGGGUGUGGCAACAGUUGGGGCUGCUGCCUGGUGGUUCGUUGCUGCUGCGGACGGACCCAGGAUCACCUUUUACCAACUGAGCCACUUCCUGCAGUGUGGUCCUGAGAACCCUGAGUUUGAGGGUUUGGAGUGUGAGCUGUUUGAGUCCCCCUACCCUAUGACCAUGGCCCUGUCUGUGCUCGUCACCAUUGAGAUGUGCAACGCCCUCAACAGUGUGUCAGAGAACCAGUCCCUGCUGCGUAUGCCCCCCUGGGAGAACAUGUGGCUGCUGGGAGCCAUCUGCCUCUCCAUGUCCCUGCAUUUUCUCAUCCUCUAUGUGGAGCCCCUGCCGAUCAUCUUCCAGAUCACCCCUCUGAACCUGACCCAGUGGCUGAUGGUGCUGAAGCUCUCCCUGCCCGUCCUCCUGCUGGACGAGGUCCUAAAGUUAGCAGCCAGGAACUACAUGGAGAACUACCCUGGUAAAGAGCUGGAGAAGCCCAGCAGCAAAUGCUGCUCCCUGUUUGCUUGCAUGGAGGGCAUCUCCUGGCCCUUUGUGGCCCUCACUCUCCCGCUGGUGCUGUGGAUUUACAGCACCGACACUAACAUGGCAGACAUGUUCUGGUCCUGACUGACUUGAGCACAACCCUCUUCCUCCUGUGUGUGCGUAGCUAGAGUGAGUGUGUUUGUGUAGACUUAGUGUGUGCCUGUGUGCCUGCCGAGCAUGCACGAGGACACAAACUAAACAAAUAAUAUAAAAAUGUAACAAUUAAAGUCCUGUUGAGUGUCAGUUGACCAUCAUGCCCAUAGCUGUGGACUUUUUGCUGGUUCGAACGGGAAAAAAACUUGUCUGUUUUUAUUGUUCAUAUUGCCUUUUUAAAUGUGUAUUUUUUUAAUGAUUUGGGAUUGUAAUUUUGUCUCAUUUCACUACAGUAGAAAUAAUACAUUCCUGUUUUCCGCUUCCCUUUUCACGAGUAUACAAAUUAGGUAUUUAAAAGCAGUCCAUUGACCUGUACAGAGAUUUAACACUAUUGUAUGCAACUGUUUUUGUUCAUCACUUUGUGUAAACGAUGGACAAGUCCCGGUUGGCAGGAGAUGGGUGUGACGAGUUUGUGGAGUGAUUGUAUGCAUUUCUGAAAACAAAAGUAUCCUGAAAAAUGAAAGCUGCAUGUUCUUUGACCUAGCAUGAACUGUAUGUUUUUUCACUUACGAGUUAGUCACGUCUCCCCACAUCAAUGUAAAAAUGACCAUGGAUUUGUUUAUUUUUAAACUGAACUCUUUGAUUUUGAAAAGCCAGUAUUUCUGCACUAGGCAGAGCACAGCUACCUCAAUAUGAUCAAUUUAGCUCAUUUCUAGAUGUUUUUACAUACUUGGCUUUAGUCUCUAUUCAACAUUUAGUCAAUAUAGUUAUGACGCCUGAGGUGCGCCCCUAGUUCCUUGUGUAGAAAACCAACUUGACAAAAAGCCAUUGACCUUCCCUCUAACUUGUUUUAAAGGAUGUAAAUGUUGCCGUGUCUGUGGGACAUGGGUUGAUUCAAAGGAGAGCAGAGGCUACGAAACAUUGAUUUAAAUGCAGUUUUUCCAAUUGACUACUCAAACCAUGAACUUCCAACAAUUAUAUUUUUUUUCUACUUAAAACAAAUACAUUCAUGAACCCUUUGAA